AUGGACAGUGAAAACCCAUAUGAAUCAUAUAUUACAGCUUCUUUCUACUUCAAGAAGCAGCAGGGCAUAAGUCACGAAGAGUUCUACCGCCAUUGGAGCACAUUCCAUGCCAAUAUGGCAAUUUCUUGCAAGCCUUUCACAGUAAGCUUUCGACGUUAUGUCCAGAUGCAUGCAACGCAAGAGCUCCAAAUGAAAGGAUCUGAGCUUGGUAUGGAAAUUCUGGACUAUGACGCAUGUGCAGUCUUCCAUGUCAGAAACUGGGACACUUUUGUGAAGCUUAUGCCAGAGUGGCAGAAGGAGCUUGGCACAGACGCAGCAAGAAUAAUGCAAAUGCCACCCAAGAUCUUCGUCAGUCGGGAUGUAGUCCUGUUCGGAUAG